UCUUUUAUCUUUAUCUUCUUAUCUGAUCAUUUAGAAUAAAGGAUGCAACAAAAUGCGUAAAAUGGGCAGAUCUGGUGAUUCCAAUUGGUGGAGAUGGCACAUUCCUCCUGGCUUCCAACAUGAUUCAAGACAACCAGAAACCAGUCUUCGGCAUCAAUCCUGUCGCAUCGACGAAGACUGAUACUUUACCGCUGCCUUAUAAGUACACUACUAAUAUAGAAAGUAUAUUUGAAAAACUUCAUUCGGGAGAAUAUCAAAUAUUGAUGCGAAGUCGUGUGCGAACAGAAAUGAGAGGAGAAGGACUUUAUAGGCGACCUUUUUACAUACACGAGAAAAGCCGUAUACAUGGAGAAAGAAGAACCCAAACUCUCAUCCGAUCAACACGGAAGAAAAUAGUCGACGCUCUUCAACCCCGCCACAGAAUCCUACCCUGGUUAGCCCUGAACGAAGUAUUCAUCGGAGAGUUCAUGGCAGUUAGACCGAUAACACUGUACAUGCAAGUGGAAGACCGCAAGGAAUUCAUGUUCCGAUCGUCUGGUAUCUGCAUUUGCACAGGCACUGGUUCACGUUCCUGGUUCAAAUCCAUGAACAUCAAACCAGUCGAUACAAUUCGAAGCAUCGCUGAGAUAGGCACUUGUAAAAAAUUGACUAACGAAGAAGUCAACAAUUUGGUGUUCAAGUAUCAUGAAAAUUUACUGUAUCCUGCAGAAGAUCUACGAAUGACGUACAUGAUUCGCGAGAUGUACCGUACAAUACGUUGUUCGAACAUAAGGUUGCCAGACAGAGAAAUGUGUAAUAAAGUAACCAUAAAGUCGCGUGGAUUCGAUGCUUGUCUCGUAAUUGAUGGAAGUCUCUCCUUGCCGUUCAAUGAUGGCUCGAGUGCCUCCUUCGUCAUCAAACCCGAAUAUUCCUUGAGGAAUAUCAUUUUGACCUAAUACUGCACGCUUGUAAUGAAUAAAUUGUGGGUAUUUGUAAUAAAUAUGUAAAUAGUAUAGGAAAAAUAAGAUAUCUGAAUGUAGCAGUGAAUGAGAUAAAUAGUAAAAUAGUAAAAUA